AUGGCUAUCGCAAAAUUCUUCGCCCUGCUUGUGCAAAGCAUCAUCCAGUGCCCACAGAUGGUGGGUGAUGAGCUGGAUGAGGCCACGCGCGAGCGCAUGGAGCAGCGUGCGGAGCAUCUGAGCCGGGAGAUGACUCGGCUGCUGCAGGAGCUGGAGCAGAGGAGCCUGGAGCAGAGCAUCAGGGAGCAGAGGACUCAGGAGCAGAGUGGCGUGGCCUGGGGAGCCCUGCUGUUUUCUACCUUGCAGCACUGGCAGUUCUGGGCCAUCGCUGGAGUCCUGGUCGUGCUGUUCGGGCUCUGCUGGUGGCUCAGGAAAAGGAGCCAUGAGGCAGACAACAGCAGUGACGAGGAGAGCUCCAACAGCGACAGGGAGCAGCUGGAGGAGGAAGAGGAGCAGGAGGAUGAAGAAAGUGAAGGAGAAGAUCCUGAUGAUGAGAGGGAUCUGGGCAGGAUUUUUGCAAAGCGCAUCCAGUGGCCAGUGCAGAACCUGUCCUACAGGAGCCGGGUGGUGCAGGAGCUGGUGGGCAACCUCCUCCGUGUCUUCCAAGAACUCUUCUCAAAUAGUUUCUUCCCGAUGCUGCAGCCAGGCAUCAGGGUGGGCAGCACCUUCGAAGGUUGGAGUCCCCAUGAGGAUGACGCUGUCUAUUGCCUGCUCAUGCCCCUGAAGCCCCCGCAAGGGCAUGCCUUCCACCUGGAGAUGAGCACUGCAGGCGAUAUGCCAGCAAAGGACUCCUGUGUCCGUGUGGAGCUGGAGUGCACCUGCGCAAGGGAGAAGCUGGUGAAGAACAUGCUGUGCUUCCUCCACCACUCUGAGGAGGAGCUGAGGAGAAAUCAGGGUCCCAGCCUCCUAUGCACCCUCUGCACCGACUCCUACCUAGAUGUGGAGAAGACUGCCUGCUGGUUCCAGAACUCUGUGAGGUCAGCCUGGGUGGUUUUGCCUCAGUCACGGCACUACCAUAUGAAGGUGCUGCCCUCCAGCCGUUCCUGCAAGCUGCAGCUGACAAGUGCCUCCAGGAGAACCCUCUUUGUUGAGAUGAUCUUUGGGGUGCAACAAGGCGACUCGGACAUCUUCCUGAGCAGCCAGACUACAGAGGCCAUCUUCACUCCAAACACGAUGUGGCCAGAGACCUACGCUGUGGCAGAGGCAAAGUUCUUCAGCUAUAUAGCCAGGCAGGCCCCGCGUGACAGCUUCCACCUCAAAUGCCUGCAGCUCUGCACCCGCAUCCUGGUGGGCACAGGCUUUUCCACCUAUACCUUCAAGACUGCUAUGAUGCACCUCCUGAUCUCUGUACCCCUGUCAUGCUGGCGCAGGAGGCAUUUCCUGCUGCGACUGGAGGAUAUCAUGCGGUACCUGCACUGCUGCCUGGAGAAUAAACGCCUCGACCACUUCUUCUUUGGCAAUGAGAACAUGCCCGAGGAGAUCCUCUUGCCCCCAGCCUUCCGAAUGGCUGAGCCAUUCAACCUCUUCCAGCACCUGGCGCAGGAUCCGGCUGCCCAUGACAAGGUGCUGUGUGAAUUCGAUGAGCUGCAAGAUCGGCUUACUAGACUGCUCUUCUACGGACACUGA